AUGGGUGCCACUCCCCAUCAUCAAGCCAUUUGCAGCCGCACCACCCACUCCUUCCCUCCUCCCCAAAGCGCAUCUGGUGAAUUAGCAUCUGCACUCUGCCUGUCGUUAGCAGCUGUCUGGCUGCAGCAAGCACAGGACCUUAUCAGGACGAGAGAGGUGCAGCUUCCGAAUCUGAUCACUCGUAGCAAAGCAAUAGUCUUCAAGUGGACGGACCUGGCAUGA